GUUUUCAGAGGGGCGCAGGAACGUUUUUGGUUCAGUAGGGGAGAUCCCAGAAGGGAGCUCUCUCUUUUCCAUUUCUGUAAAAAAUUUAGGAUUAGGGUUUUAGAUUUCAGUGAAGCCAUGUGUGCGCUUCAUCGAUCUUCAAGUGCGCCAUCAAAGAACGGCCUCCCUCCUCAAGAGCUCCUCGAUGAUCUCUGCAGUCGGUUUGUUUUAAAUGUGCCAAAAGAGGACCAACAGUCAUUUGAAAGAAUUCUAUUCCUAGUGGAGUAUGCACAUUGGUUCUAUGAGGAUAAUACAGUGGAAAAAAAUCCAUCCCUGAAGUCAUUCAAUCUCAAGGAAUUCACUUCCUUAUUGUUUAACAGUUGUGAUGUUUUAAGGCCUUAUGUUGCUCAUAUAGAUGACAUAUUUAAGGAUUUCAUUGAUUACAAGGUUCGAGUUCCUGUAACUGGAGCAAUUAUUUUGGAUGAGACAUAUGAACGGUGUGUGCUGGUGAAGGGAUGGAAAGGGACAAGCUGGAGUUUCGCACGUGGAAAAAAGAACAAAGAUGAGGAAGACCAUGCAUGUGCCAUUAGAGAAGUCUUGGAGGAAACAGGUUUUGAUGUGUCAAAGCUCAUUAACAAAGAUGAAUAUAUUGAAGUAAUAUUUGGACAGCAGAGGGUGCGGCUCUACAUAAUUGCUGGUGUAAAGGAUGAUACUGCCUUCGCCCCACAGACAAAAAAGGAGAUUAGUGAAAUUGCAUGGCAUCGGCUUGAUGACCUGCAGCCAGCAAGUGAUGAACUGAUAUCUCGUGGGAUCACUGGCCUCAAACUGUAUAUGGUGGCGCCUUUUCUAGCAUCUUUGAAAUCAUGGAUUUCAACACAUCCACCACCUCUAGCUCCAAGACCUGAUUUGCCUCUCAAAGGGAUCUGUGUGUGGAAAGCAAAGAACAAUUCUAUAGGGAAUAGCUCCACGGUAAUCGAGAGUCAAUCAAAACCUGCAUCCGAUGCUAAUCCUCCUGAUACUGGUCCUGGGAAGAGCUUCAGAAACUUUAGAUUUGAUACUGCUGCAAUCUUGAGAGCAAUGGAAGCUGGUUUUUCUGCAUGAAGCUCUGACCUGGUCUUUUCUUUGAGGUGUUUUACAUUCGCACUGCUCAGGCUGCUUCUUUAGUGUCUAGCAGUUCACCUGUAAACCAAACAGAAAUUAUUGCCCCCAUCAGCUGUAAAUUCCUUGGUAUCAGAUGUCUGGGUUUGACUGCAAUGUAUAUUCUGUACAUGGAAACUUGUGUCCAAGUUCUGCAGUUGUUCAUUGUGCUGUUAGUUAAACCUAAGAAUACAGUCAAAUGUUGUGCAUUUUUUGUUGACUCUUGCUAUCUACUGUAACUGUUCGCAUUUGUUAGGCUUUUAUCCUUUGUUACAUUUUGUGGUUAUCCUUUUAACCAGUUUAAUGUUUCAGAACUGUUUGGUUAACCCUUUGGUAGCAGGAUCUUUUUGCCAGGCCAUUUGUAGCCCAUCAAUUUCUUUCAAGAUACAGCUUUUCAUUUUGUCAGUUUGUCUCACAUGAUAAAUUUUGCAACAAUUA